CUUAUAUUGCUUCCGGGCAGUCGAAUCCGGCGACAAUGAUGUAGUAUUUAGAAAACAUGACCUCGAUCCCGGAUAUCGUCAAAGGUACACGCAUAAAAGCCUGCACGGAGUGCCGGCAGCAGAAGCUGAGAUGCGAUGCUUCUAACGACUAUUCACAACCAUGCUCCCGAUGCAGGAAGUUUGGUUUAGAAUGUGUUGUUUCGAGGAACUUUCGAAGAGUUAAGCGUCGAACCAAAUCCGAAUUGCAAGCGGAACUCGAUCAGCUGAAGCGACGUGUUGCCGUAGACUCAGUGAGACCACCUCCGGCACAUUCAGUCCAAGGCUCGGAGGUGGAUCUGGCACAGACCUCAGGCGUGGUUCCAGAGACGAUGACCUCCUCUCAGGGCCUUGCAAAUGGGGAGAGCACGAGGCUUCAAAGAAGGACCUUUUCCCCGACAGUCACAGAGCAUGCAGAAAUGCCUCCGCCGACGCCGGAUCAAGCAACAUCGUCGACCCUGUCACAAAGUAUACAAGGGAUGUCUGUUGAUGCUCACGAUAUUGACGAAUGUUUCACGUUAUUCUUUGACAAGAAUUUACCCUAUGUCCCUAUAUUCGAUACAAAAGUCAAUCCUGAUGAUUGCUAUAGAGCUUCGCCGUUCCUCUUCUGGGCAAUCGUCACCACCGGUGCCAGGAAAUCCGAAAACCCUACCUUAAUACUGACGUUAGCUCCCAAAGUUAUGGACCUCGCCAAGCUGGCAAUAUUUGCUUCUGAGAGGUAUCUACCCACGAUCCAGGCCUUAAUUCUCAUGUGUACCUGGCCGAUACCGAUCGACACCUUGCAAAAGGACAAGGUACCUAUGCUAGCUGGGGCAAUGCUCCAAAUCGCCACCAACAUGGGCUUGCAUGUUUAUGGCACUGCUCAAGACUUUACACGUGUUGCCUCUCGCCACGAUAGGCGACAGAGGGAUUUUCGAACGAGACUGUGGGCUCUUUGUCUGAUAACAUGUCAGAGGGUCAAUAACCUUCGUGGCCUUCCGCCCCUCCUGAUCUCCGAUACUUAUAGUUACGAAGGCUAUAGGGAAAGUCCUUUCAUCGACAUUUCUGCAACUAUCCAAUUCCAACGGAAGCUCAAUCGGAUACAGACCGAAGCCACCCUCCUCAUUGAUCUUGGUCGUGCGGUUGAUCAAGGUUUGACACGCCUCGCCUCUCUAAGCGACGAAUGUACAUCUCACAGUGACCGUAUCUGGCUACUCAGUGCGCAGCUACAGCUACAAGCAUGUCUUCUCCUUGCCCACUCGUCGGCGAUUCAGGAUAUGGAACUCAGCGACUUGUACGGCAACGCAUGCACAAUGAUUGAAUUUGUAGAAGAGCUUGACAAGCAAGAACAGUUCGCUUCAUUUGGGCCGACCCUGUUGCUCCCAGCUCUUCACCUCGCAGCGCUACUUAUCCUUCGCAUCGGGAAGUCUCAUGUCUCUCAUAUGUUAGAGUUGCAACGAGGACGCAGGUGCUUCUUCGUCGUGAUCGACCUCAACAAAAAGAUGAGUGUAAGGGCUGAUGACCUAGCGGCUCGAGGCACCAUAAUUUUGGCCCAGUUAUGGACCAGCAAGGUACCGUUUAAACUGCCUGACGGUACAGUAGACCCCCUCUGGCUUCGGUGUAGAAGCAGAUUAGGCAUGAGCAUAUGCUUUGAUUGUUACUGGUUAUGGCGGCAAGAGUUUGGGGGCCUACCAAAUCCUUACGACGGCGUUGAAGACGUUUUGAGAAAUGCCUCGGGCAAGCUUACCUCACUCUCAGUUCUCGACCCAGGCAUGAAUAUGGGCAUUGGCUGGUCCCCUGAAACACCAUUCACAGACUGUUGGUGGCCACAGUUUGACGAGCUUGUCUAUGACAAUACUUGGCAGCAAAACGGAGAGGGCAUGCAAGAUGACAUGCCCCGGUGAGCAGAGUCCGGACUUAUCAAUGCAAUCCUAAAGCUCGAAUAUCCGCACUUGGCUUCUUGCCCUGCAGCAUUUCGCUCACAACCAGGCCCGAUCCAAGGCUCAAACUGAUACCCCAAGGCCCAUGACCGCUCGCGAUCCAAACACCACCGUCGCCCAUGCAGACUCCGCCCAGGU